AUGGACAGUUUCUGCCUACAUCGACGAAUCUCCAAGACGGCAAUCUGGCUUUUAUCGGAGGUCAAUUCGAACAAGCUGUCUAAACGGACCAUCAAACUGUGCCAUGUCCAAUGGUGGUUCGACAUCAGACCUGCCCGUCCUCGGCCGCAGCUGCUGGUGAGGCUGUUUGACAAGUUGCGGCCGCGAAGCUCCCUCAAAUCCUGUAUCAACGGUGCGGCCAAUGACUUGCUUGAACCUUUGUGGCCGCAGCACUGGCGGCCCUCCCUGAUAUCACCAUCUUUUCGAUCUAACGACCCUUCCUGUUGCCUCGGUGGAUGUUGUUUGUUGGUUGCGGAAAUGCGUCAUUCUUUCAUGCUCAGGAGAUGGUUGAUGGCUACAGUGCAAACUUUGUUUUGUUUGAAGGUUUGGAGCUGCGGAGCUGGUGGCCCUCGGCAGUGCUUUCGCGGUGAUAAGCGAGGCUCUUGGGAGGAUGGACCGAUGAAAUGUGGACUGGUGGGUCGCGUGUCUCCAUCAAAAGUACAUCGUUAA